UUGGUUAGGUGGGGGAAUUAUUUGAAUUUGACUUGCACUUUUCAACCAUUUUGAUUUCAGCUCGUCCAUCGUAGUGCCAUUUUUUAGAUAUUUUUAUGAACCAAUUAUCAUUGCAGUCAAAUUGCUUUUUGGGAAUUUGUUGAGUGGAUUUGUUUUAUUUGGUCUUAAUUUAUUAUUCUUACUAAGUGAUUUGAUGAGUAGGAGGAUGAAUUCAAAUUUAACUUAGAUUCUUCAUUCCUUUAAUCAUUUCGAAUGAUUUCAGACACGCCAUUUCACCCUCUCUCCCGAAUAAUUAGUCAUGCCAAUCAGCCAAUGUAAUUUGAAUGAGUGAGACUGGUAUAAUAUCUCCUAGUAAACUGAGAGCAAAGUUAAUGGGAGUAACCCACCAAAAGAAAAAGGAUGGGUCAAAUUGUAAUUCAUCAAGAACCUCUCCUUCAAGACUUGAAGACUCUGAGUUUGUUAACAACAGCUUGCUUUCCUCCAAUAAUGAUGCUCAUUUUUAUGACUCGGGUAUAAGUCUAGAACCUCCACAGAAAUUGAGUGGGCAAACAAUUUCAAGUUCGUUACAAAAUCAGAAUCAUUGCCCGGCAAGAGAAAAAAUGGAUUCGAGUAAUGUUAAGGUACACCAAACGGCUAGAAGUGAUAGUGGGAAUUCAAGUGCAGUCCACCCUUUGAAAUGUAAUGAAGAUGAGAAUCUUGAUUAUGACAGUAAUGCUAGUUCAUCAAGCUUUGAGUUCCAUAAUGGGGAAAGAAGAGCACAUAGAUCCUUAACACGGUCACUCUCUAGGCCUACGUCUUCUAAGUGGAAUGAUGCUGAGAAAUGGAUAAUGUGUAAGCAAGUCAAUCAGAGUAAUAAUUCUAAGAGCCUUAGCUCGCAAAAUGGAGGUCCCCGUUUGAGUGGAAUCAACAUGGUUAGGGUAGCUCCGGAGUCUGCUAGCUAUAGACUGCCAGAAAUGAAACCGAAUGAAUUUUGCCAACUUACAAGUCAGAUUAGUUUAGAAAGGUUCAGUCUUGCUCACCCUGGACUUGAAUCUAUUCCUGUUCAAUCAAAUGAAAGCAAGGAUUUGAGACAAGUUGGCAAUGUGAUGAAUUCAGCACAUGAGGUCGCAGGGUGCCCUGGUAUUAGAGAGAUAUCAAUGAGGGAUAUGGGAACAGAAAUGACACCAGCCACAAGUCUAGAGCCUUCAAGAACAGCCACACCUAAUGGGUCUUUAACCCCGUUUCGCAGUCCCACGUCAUCUAUUCCAUCCACUCCUCGAACAGGGGAACCAACGUGUACUCCUGUUGAGCAUACAUUUGAUAUUAAUACACAACAACUAACUGAGAAAGGUGAUAAACAGUUAUCAGAACAAGAGCUCAAAGUUAAGACUAGGAGAGAAAUUGUAGCCCUUGGUGUUCAGCUUGGCAAGAUGAAUAUAGCUGCUUGGGCAAGUAAAGAUGAGAAAGACAAAAUCUCUUUGCCUGACGAACUUGAACUUGAACAUAUUCAAAACCAGAAACGCGCUGCUGCUUGGGAAGAGGCCGAAAAAUCAAAGCAUGCUGCAAGGUAUAGGCGUGAGGAAAUCAAAAUCCAAGCGUGGGAGAGCCAACAGAAACUGAAAUUGGAGCAAGAGUUGAGGAGAAUAGAGGCUAAAGUUGAGCGGCUUAGAACACACUCUCAAGUGAAGAUGAUGAAAAAGAUUGCCACGGCUAAGAAAAGGUCAGAAGAAAAACGAGUAGCAGCUGAAGCCCAGAAGAAGCGUCAAGCUGAGAAAACUGAAGCACAAGCAGAAUACAUCAGACAAACAGGUCGAACCCCAUCAUCCCAUUAUAUAUGUUGUGGUUUGUUGCGAUAGAUAUUAAGAAUUAGAUUGCUUCUAAAUCGUAGCUAGGGAGAAGAUAAUUUCCCCUAACAUGAAUACAUGAUCAUUAAUAUUAGAUGAUUUCUUUGUACUCUUUGAUUACUUUUUUUCUAUCUAUAAUAUUGAUUUGAGGA